AUGGUUCGCACCGAGAGUCUCUGGCAAGCACUUUUACUUUUACUCUUGAGCGCAGUAGACGCCGCAAGGUGGACCAUCACCGACAUAUAUCUCGAAACUGUCUUGCAGCGCACAUACACCGACAGGUAUGCUGACAGAACCGAGACCAUUACCACAUCAUACACGCGUUACACGCCCGUCACCCUCAAACCCUCCGUCACCGUUACUGUCACGCCAGUCACGGUCUACACAACAACAGACAGCAGUUCCUAUUACGACGGCAGUAGCUACGUGUAUGGCGGUGGCUCCGACGACUCUGUUUACAUCCAGCGCUAUUACCCACUAGGAGCCAUUCCCACCUCAGACCUGACAAGUUCCGUGACUCCCUACAACCGGAGGGACUUCACGAGUACCUACUUCUUCCAGACAAUUGAACUCACUGCCCCUGCCAGUUGCCCGACACCAUUUACAGUCACGACAACCACCCAGGUUUCAGUGCCUCGGCAAGUAGCUGAUCAGGUCUCCAUCACGUCGGCAACUACUAGCAUCGCUACCACCGAAUACGAUGACGACAACGCCUAUACCUACACCUUCAUCUCGGCAUACUUGGCAAGCACUCAUCAUCCCACUGGUGCUGCCGCAACUCGCCAUCCCAUCUACAGCGUCUACAUGACAAAAUGCAGAAUUCCAAAUCCCACCCGAACAUCGUCCUCGGGACCAACCAGUGACAGCAGUGGCGACAGCAGUAAUCAGUUUCUUGAUAUGAGGGGCAGCUGUGCGUGGCGCGACUGUGGCAAGACUCCAUACUGGGGGGUAGUCAUCGUCACCGUCCUGCCUACAAUUUGUCUCAUUGGAUUUUUUGAAUCCUACCAUUGGUUCACCUGCCUCAUGUCUGGCGAGGACGCUCUUCGAGGCAGCACAGUGCUGUGGAUUCUGCUGUGUCUCCCGUCCAUCUUUCUGACAAGAUAUAUCCCAGCCCGCGAUGCACGAGACCAAGAACGACUACGGGCCCUGUGGGCGGAGAAGACACUUGGCCAGAAGUUGUCACUAUGGAGGCAAUGGGGCUUCCGCCAUAGAUAUCCUAUGGAGUUGUUGGGCGUUCACCCGGGUUAUAUAUACGGAGAUCCCGCUCAAGAGGGAAAAUCCAUUCGAGACUUGUACGGCGGGAAUGGCAACUGGCCCCAAGUCCCCCCAACAAACACGAGCCAUGCAGCAGGGCAGAUGCCUGCGGCACUGCCCCAGAGUCAGCCUCUGACUCCUGAACUACCGACAACACCACGACUGGCGGGCCCGAACAGCAGAUCUGUCAGCUCAGAGUCAAUGCUGCCGUCUGUUCCAGAGGAGUCAGGGUCAUCAACCGCCCAAGCCGAGGGAAAGGAGGCGGAAGCUGAUGCGAGGGCUACGGACGUUGAAGCCGGUUCGGCGCCAAAGGCCGAAGAUGACGGGGGAGGGGGAAAUCUCGACGGAUACGAGAAGACGCAAGAGAGGCACUAA